AUGCGGGGCGACGGGCGGCGGCCCGACGUGAAGCUGCGGGGCGACGGGCGGCGGCCCGACGAGAAGCUGCAGGGCGACGGGCGGCGGCCCGACGAGAAGCUGCGAGGCGACGGGCGGCGGCCCGACGAGAAGCUGCGGGGCGACGGGCGGCGGCCCGACGAGAAGCUGCGGGGCGACGGGCGGCGGCCCGACGUGAAGCUGCGAGGCGACGGGCGGCGGCCCGACGAGAAGCUGCGGGGCGACGGGCGGCGGCCCGACGAGAAGCUGCAGGGCGACGGGCGGCAGCCCGACGAGAAGCUGCAGGGCGACGGGCGGCGGCCCGACGAGGAGGAAAGCGAGCGUUAG